ACUUUCUCUCUCCUCCUUCCUCUCCCUCUCCUCUCGACGCCGUACUCCCCCUCCCACACAAAGUCGCAAACCCAACUGCACAAACUCAAUUUCUCUAUCCUCCCCCAUUUUCACCCACCAUGGCUUCCACCGUCAGCCCACCACCACCUCCACCACCUCCGGAUCGCCUCUCCUUAGAAUCAAUCCCAAUCGUCGAUCUCCGUCUCCUCUCUCAAUCAGAACUCACCGCGCUUUCUCUCUGCUCCUCCCACGCCUUCGACCUCCGCCGUUGCGAAGACGUCGUAAUCCCUAAAAUAGAUCGUUCCGUCUUCAAUGAGUCCGCCGGAAGCCGUAAACAAACUUACUCCCGCCUCCGCCUUGCCCCGCGCAACGCCAGCAACAACCUCGCCUCCACCACGCCGAAACCCCGCUCCACUCUCUCUCAUCUCGACGCGGACAACUCGCGCAUUAUCUCUCUUUUUAAGACUCUAUUCGACGGCGGAAAUGAUGCCGGAAACGGAGACAACUUCUCCGCGCUUGUUCCCGUCAGUGUUGAGUACAGCGACGCUUUCCUUGGUGGCGGAGAUGGUGGAGAGAGAAAACGGAAGCGUGUACAGAAGGCGAAAAGUGAUUCGACCGCGGAAGCUGUGACGACGGUUGCAUUGGUGGUGGGAGAGGAGCUGAGAAAUGAUGAUGAGAAGGCACCAACGGCGGAGGAGAAGGAGUAUAGAGAGAAAGAGCUGGUGAAUAGGAAUGGCGAGGUGGUUGAUUUGGCAGAAUUAGGGAGGAAGGAUGAUCCAUACGGGGAUGAGAUAAGGAGGAGGACGGAAGGUAAGGAAAGUCCUGAAGAAUUGUUAGGGUUUAUUGGGGAUUUGAAUGGAAUUUGGGGGAGUAGAAGGAAGAAGAGGAAGAUUGUUGAUGCUAAUCAGUUUGGGGAUGUUUUGCCUAAUGGUUGGAAGGUAUUGAUUGCCAUGAAGAAGAAGCAGGGCCGCGCCUGGGUGUUUUGCCGGCGAUAUAUAAGUCCUAAUGGACGGUAUUUUGUGUCCUGCAAGGAAAUCUCUUCUUAUUUGCUCUCCCUGACUAGCCCUGAAGAUUUAAAGCAGCAGAUAACUGCUGUUCAAUGCACAGAAGCUUCAGUUGUCGACAACAAAAUCGCUUCUGAAAAUGCUGCAGAUCUGGGAGCAAAAAUUGAGCACCCAUCAUUGUCUGUCACUCCUCAAUUUAAUGAUUACGAAAAUCAGCAGAAGCCUCUCUCUACCCCUCCAACUAUUGAUAGUGAAAAACAGCUAGCCUUAUUGACACCUGUUCAUUCAGAAGAAGUACAAGCAGCAUCUGGUUUGAAGUGCCACAAAUGUUCCACUGCAUUUGGUGGAAAGGAUGAGCUAUUGGGCCACCUUGUGUCAUGUCACAAGAGGAAGCGGCGAAAAUCUGGUGCACCAGUUGAAGAUGAUAUUGUGAUGAAAGAUGGAAAGUAUGAGUGUCAGUUUUGUAACAAGGUGUUCCAUGAGAGGAGCAGCUAUUUUGGGCAUGUGGGCAUGCAUGUGAAAAACUAUGUGAAAAGUAUUGGUGGGUCUCCAGGUCUGACAGUGACGUCCAAGCAAAGGAAUUCUUCUAUCUCUGUUGCUGAGGUCCCAGAAACUGUGUCUGAAACAGUAGGAGAUGUAGAAAUGGAUGCUGUUCCUAUAUCUUCAGUUCCUAAUAUUUUAGCUGGUAGUGAGCAUAUUUCAAAUUCAUCUGACAAGAAACCUGAAGCUGGUUGUGAGGCUGAAACACAUUUAGGAAAUGAUAGAGUUGACCAAGAUAAUUUGUCUCUUCACGCGGAGCUGGUAAAUGAAGCUGCUCAAAAUUAUAAAAUAUCAGCUGAUGACUCUUCUGGUAAACAUGAUGGAACUGCCCCUAAUACUGAAAAUAUUGUUAGGGAGGUAGAAGAGGCAGUUGAUUUUUCUGCUAUGGAGCCUGAUAAUCAUUCUCUUUCUGAGGAGAUGUGUAAUAAUGAAAAUAAUGAUUUUUGCGAGAAUCUUGGUGAAAUAAAUGCAACUGAAUGUGUAGAUUCUGAAAUAAGCAAAUCAUCAGUUGCACUGGUGGAAGAUGAUAGAACUUGUUUCCUAUCAGAUAGAGGGCAGGUAGAUCUUGGUUAUAAUGUUGCUGACGACCUCUUUCAAAGGGAGAGUGAUGCUUCUGAAAGUGAUCUACUUGCUGAAAAUGAGGAAAACUCAUCAGGUGAUCAGAACUCUAAAGAUAAAUCCGUGGGUCUCGAGACUGUUGAGCAUAGUUGUUUUACUGAAGGCUUGGAAGUUGGAGAUGAUGUUGAGCUGAUGGAGUGUACCGAGAGUGGACAUCUUGAUCUGGGUAUUGAUGCUGCUGACGAGGUUCAACAUACUGGGAGCUUGGAUGAAUAUUCAAAUGUUUUUUAUAAAGAAGAGGAAACGUGUGGUUUUACAGCCAAUAAGAUUGAGCUUCCGGAGUCUCCGUUGGCAGAUUCCAAUGAAAAUAGUUCUUGCAGUCCAUCAGGGGAUCAACCUACAUCUGAGAUGCAGAACUAUGUUGGAAAAGACUUUUUUGGCAUGGUUAGUGAGACGGAGGUCGACAUGUGCAGCUUGGAAGAUACCGAUGCAACAGUUGGUGUCGAGGGGUGUAUUGCUCAGGAAAGGCCCGAAAGUUGUACAGCUCUUCUAUUAAAGGAUAAUAAUGGUUGUGGUUAUAUUGCGAAUGAGGCUCAAACUUUUAGCGACACUGAAGUUUUUCAGGUUGAGCAAACUUGUAGACUUGAGAAUAGCCCAAGGUGUGAGCUGUCAAAUAGAAAAGGCGGGGAUCCUAAAAGUGCCCAAGUUAUGAAUAUGAAUGCAAGCAAUCUAUUUUUAACUCCUGGAAGCAACGAUAGCCAUUUAGCUGCUAAUGUUAUAACUAGCAAUGAUCAAGAGAAUAGUGAUGUCUCUAAUGUAUUAGGGUCCUUCAGCAAUUUUAUUGAGGAUAAGCAGGAACAAGUUCCUAAAGAUAUUCUAUCUGAACUUUCCACUAAUAAGCACAUGCGUGGAGUUUCCAUGAAUACUGCGACGGGCGUUCCUUCCACUACAACACAGCUGCCUGAACUUGAUAAGGUGGACAGCUCAAGGACUAAUAAGAUGAUAUUUGAUUUUGGCAGCAUUCCUGAAAUGAAUACAAGAUUCCUUAGUUCUGUACAGAAUGAGACUGUUGUUCCUCAAGGGACAUCCCCCUUUUCACUGUGGGGGCAGCAGACAUGUGCUGUUGAUGACAGUCAAACUAGGGUUUAUGGUGGUUCCAGGGGUGUUGCUGAUCAACAGAGGGGUUCAGAUAAUAGUUCACUUAAUCUGGUAGGUCUUCAGCAACCUUCAGAUGUAGGGUAUAACUUGAACAAGGUUUGUAUGAACGAACAAAGGUUUGGUGUUCAGCAUAAUGAAACGGGAGUUUACAGAAAUAAUAACGAACCUAGGAGGGAGGAGAUCUACGGUGGUGGCAGGGGUAUUGUUCAGCAAGAGAGGGCUUCUGACAACAAUUUGCUUAACUUGGUUGGUCUUCAGCAAUCUUCAGAUGCCGGAUUUAAUUUGAACAAGGUCCAUAUGAACGAGCAAAGAUAUGGUGUGCAGCAAAAUGAAUCAGGAGUAUACAACAACAAAAGUAAUGAAACUAGGAGAGAGGGGAUAUCUCAUGGAAAUACUCUUAAUCUAGCUGGUCUUCAGCAGAAAUUUGACGCUGGAUAUAACUUGAACAAGCCUUGUUUAAAUCAACCAAGUUAUGGCAUGCAAUGUAAUGAAACUAGAGCUUAUAACAGCACAAGCGACGAGUCAAAGCAAGAGAGGGUGACUUAUGGAAAUUCUCUUAGUCUAGCUAGUGUUCCCCAAACACGUGACACAAGGUACGGCUUGAACAAAGCAUGCAUUCAGCAAACCUGUGAUACGGGUUUUAGCUUGAACAAGGGAUAUAUGGGUACCAUGCAGGAACUGUCUAAAUUAGAUGAACUUGGACACUCUCGAGACCGAGAUUUAAUGGUUGGUUUUGGAAAUGGUGGUGGGAGGCCUAAUCAGGGUGUUGCAACUGAUUUUUUAUGGAGAGCGACAGAGGGAAAUAUUUUACCUGGUGGUUUGAUGGAUUCUUCACCGUCCCAGGGACAGUCAUCUGGCUCUUAUCAAGCUUUUGAUUUCCUUUCAGACAAGGGUGGGAAUGAUCUCUAUGCUGCCAAUGAGAAAUUUGAUAACAUGUCAAGCUUCGAAGGGCUAAGACCUACCGGCGUGGAACCAAUGGAAUUUAGUUUCAUGACAACACAAGAUUCAAAUGCUCAAUUGGAACACCAAAAGGUCAUGUCAUUCAAUGCACAGAUGAAUCAAGGUUUUGGGUGGCAUCAUCAUCAAAAACCAACAUCCAUGCCAAAUAUGAUGACCGGACACGUUGUUAGCACGAUGUGUGUUUGGUGUGGAAAUGAAUUUCAUCAAGAUUCAUUAGGCUGCGAAAUGCAAGCUGGUUCAAUUGGUUAUCUUUGUCCAACCUGCAAAGCUAGAAUGUCAGGGCAGUUUCUGUAGACAGUAAUCAGCCCCAAUCUUAAUGGUAAAGUUAACAAAUCUGAUGUUUUUUUGCUGUUUGUAUUUUGUAAUUUUUGUUGUAAAUGAUUUAGUUUCUUCAUGCAUUCAUUCAUGUUUAGCGCGAUUUCUAGGGGAAAAAAAUGAAUGCAACAAUGUGCAUAAUGCUGCAUUUAGUUUGGUUAGGGUAAUCAUAAGUUAUUAGCUUGCAUAGUUACAUUAGUUUGAGUUUCUAUUGAUGCAUCAAUCUGUUGAGAUUUGUGCAUUUGCUUUAAGCUUAUCUUGUUUUAACACUUAGUAAUAGCAAAUAUAUACUUUAUUCCAUAAUGGAUGACUGUUUUUGUUGUUUUUCA